GGAGUUCCGCGGGGAGGAGGUGGAGGGGGAGGAGACGGCGCGGGGAGCGUUAAAAGGAGGCAGCCGAAUGACAGCGGCCGCUCCCCGCGCCCCCGCCCCGUGAGGACCGGCCGCCCCUGCUCGCUCACUGCUGGACAUGGAGGGGAGAGAGGACGCGGAGUGCGACUGCCAGGUGGCGUUCGCCGAAGCCCAGCGAUGGGUAGAGGCAGUUACUGGGAAAAACUUUGGAACCAAAGACUUUCGAGCAGCUCUAGAAAAUGGAGUCCUGUUGUGUGAUUUGAUUAACAAGAUCAAACCUGGCAUCGUUAAGAAGAUCAAUCGUCUGUCAACUCCAAUUGCUGGCUUGGAUAAUAUAAAUGUUUUUCUGAAGGCGUGCGAAAAUAUUGGACUGAAAGAAGCUCAGCUUUUUCACCCAGGAGAUCUUCAGGAUUUGUCCAAUCGAGUUACAGUCAAGCCGGAGGAAACCAACAGAAGAGUGAAAAAUGUUUUGAUUACAUUAUACUGGCUUGGGAGAAAAGCUCAAAGUAACCCCCAUUAUAAUGGUCCAUACCUCAGUCUUAAAGCCUUUGAGAAGUUAUUAGGGCAAGCAUUGACUAAGGCACUUGAAGAAUCCAGCCACCUGAACAGAAGUGGCAGGGAUAGUGGAUACGGUGAUAUUUGGUACGUUGACCGGGGAGAGCCCUUUUCGUCUUCAGCUAGCCAUAAAAGAGACGAUUCUUUUGAUAGCUUGGACUCUCUUGGUUCAAGAUCCUCCACAAGCUUUUCAUCAGAUAUAACCUUAAAAGGUGGCAGUGAAGGUUGUGACAGUGACACAGACUCAGAACUGCCUUUCAAAAUGCAUGACUCCCAUAAAGAUGACAGGUCUUACCGUAGGAUACCUGUGAUUGAACCAAAACCUACCACUGACUUCAAUCGCUUCUUACCCAAUAAAAACAAGCAGACGGCUUAUGUGCCAGCACCAUUAAGGAAGAAGAGGACAGAGAAGAAUGAGGACAAUAGGAGGAGCUGGGCAAGUCCUGUCUUUACCGAGUCAGAUGGAACAUUUUCAAGUGGACGUGAAACAAAUCCCAUAGCUUCCUGCCAAAAUAGCAGAGCAGAGUGUGGGCUCACAAAUCCAGCUUCCCUCCAGAUGGUCUAUGAGCAUGACAGUGGGUCUGAUUCAGAAGAUGAAAGAAGGCUGCCUGACGUUGUUUUGGAUGACUUAGCAAAACGUAGAUUUCUAGUCAAAAAGAGCCCUGUAAGCUCUGCUGCACCUGGACAUCGUUUCGUGUUGCGCAAUGACUCUCCUAAAUCUUGCUCACAAGAAAGUUAUCCAGCUGGUCCACUAGCUGCAGUGCUUGAACCACUGAGUAACCAGAGGAGGCAGAGGCAGUUGGAUACUAAAGAGGAAAACAAACCAAGAGUUAACAAUCCUUCAGAACUAUCUGGGUAUUUUGAUGAGGACGAGGAAGAAGUAGGCAUCCCAAACAUUGAAAAAGAUGAUUUCUAUUUUCGCAAGCUAAGUUCUUCAGCAUCACAUACAGUUGUUGCUUUUGACAAAUUUCUUCCUAAGUUUUGGACUCCAGAAGAAGAAUUGCUAUGGAAAAAAAUCAAGAAAUCCUCUUUUAAACCCUGGUAUAAAGAGAUUCAAGGGUUCAGUAGAAAGAAAUCAGAUUCUGAGGAUGAGGAAUUUGCUUACAAACAAAGCUGUACCAUUGUUGCUAAUCAACCAAGACCAAUUUUUGACUGGAACAAUAGUUGCAGAAGGGAUCAGAGCUAUAAGCCAACUGCUGAAUAUGUGAGAAGCUCAUUGUCACAGAUUGCAGAAGGAAAAAUCAUGGAGUCUUCUGAUCAACCCAGUCAGUUUUCGUUACUUCAGGCCCUGCAAAAAUACUCUGACUACAUGUCUUCUGAAACGGAGACCAAAAUUGAUCCCACUUCUGGCCCUAGGCUCAUAAAAUGUAGAAAGAAUGUUUCCUUUAUACCAGGAUGCAAGCAAGGAGAUGAGGAAAAUGGAUAUCUGUAUCCAGAUUUGGAAAAUGACGACUUGUUCGUUCGGAAAACCGGGGCUUUCCAUGUGAAUCAAGUUGUUCUUCAAGACCCUCGGUUUUUAAAAAAAUUCUCUGAUCAAGAGCCUCCUCUAGAGGGUGAGAUAAUCCUGCAACCCAGAGAGGGCCAACCUGUGAUUCCAGAUUUGGAAAAGGAUGAUAUGAUUUUCCGUAAAGUCCUCUUUCAGAAAAAAGAGGUGCCUUUGUCGGGUGCUCCUGACAAGUAUCACCCAGCACUGUUUCCUGAUCCAUGGAGUCUUCCAGAAGAGAUCCGAUCCAAAUUUCUAUGUUUACUUGAAAAAAACACGACACUGGAGGAAAGAAAGAGCAACGGCAGAGUACUGUCGCCAUCUUCCCACCAUAAGAAGGAUGAUAUGCUGACUCGCAAGAUUGAAUCUUGGAAGGUUGGAGGCAACAUACAGCCAGUAAAUUUUAUCCCAGGUCCAUGCAGUGAAGAAGACUGGAAGAAGUGGGAAGCAAUCAGGGAGGCCAGCAAAGUUAGACACAAGAAACGGCAGAUGGUGGAGAGACUGUUUCAAAAGCUUUCUGAUGAGCAAGGGAGUAAAUCUCUGAACGAUGUCAGUGCAGAGGAGCUGCAGUCAUUGCGCAAAAUCCGUUAUGAAGAGCUACAAAAGAUAAAAGAACAGUUGCAAGAACAAGAUCUAAAGUGGCAAGAAGAUCUAGCAAAAUGGAAGAAUCGUAGAAAGAGCUACACUUCAGAAUUGCAAAAGAAAAAGGAAGAGAGAGAAGAAAUUGAAAGGAGAGCCUCUGAAGUGUCUGGAAGGAGUACCAAGUCACUGAAAGAAAUGCAGCAGGAGAGGGAGGGGAGAGAUGAAGACUCCUGUGGGCAGCGAAAACAGGAACACAGCUGGAGGUAUUCACUGAAUGAUGAUGUGUUUAGUGAAGAAAAAGCACCUUCCACAUGGUCAGCAGCAAAAGAUUACCUUUUGGAAGAAGAUACUUCCUACAGCACUAAGGACAGCAAAAGUGAACAUGCCUCACAGCUGCCCAAGGAGAACCUGCUGGAGAGCUCGGCUGCUCAAGAAGCUCCUGCUCUGCCAAAGAGCCUGGCAGAGGAGCAGAGCUCGGCUCUUUUGUCUACUCGCUACUCAGUGAAUGCUCAAACUGGGUCAGCUCAGGUUUCAGCUUCUCUCCCGAGAACUUACCAGAAAACUGAUACCUCUAGGUUAACAUCUGUGGUUACACCAAGACCUUUUGGUGUCCACUCAAGAGGAAUCUCGUCACUUCCACGGUCGUUCACGAUGGAUGAUACUCUGAAAUACAACGGAGAAGUAGAAAAAGCUAAAAGAACUCAAACUUUGUUCACCAGCGUCUCCUUUUCACAACCAGACUCUGCAUACCCUCUCUCCACUAGUGCAUUCAGAAGCAGAGGUGAGGAGGAAGAGGAGGAAAAAGAAGGUGUUCAGUCAACACCUGCUCCUAUUUUGGCAUUACCUGUAAAAUCCCAAGACCAAGAUGCUGGAAGCAGUAUUCUUAAACCUGAGUAUGGCAUUCCUUCUGAUUCUCUUUCACUUGCAUCUUCUGCAGAAAUUACAAGUCCAACAGAGCCUGAGGAUUCAAAAUCCAUGGAACAGUACAGUGAAAUGAGAAUCAGUAUAAACCAGAGACCUGGCCACAGUCGCAGCUUUGGGUUUACAACAAAUUGGAGUUCUUCAGGAGCCUUUGUACAGACAGUUGAAGAAGGUAGCCCUGCAGCACUUUGUCAACUGCAUGUAGAUGAUGAGAUCAUUGCUGUCAAUGGCACAAAGGUUUCACAUAUGGACUACAGUCAGUGGGAAGAAGCCAUCAGCAGAGGACUAGAAACUGGAAACCUGGUCAUGGAUGUCAGACGAUACGGAAAGAAUGAUUGGGGCAAAGACCAGCCUUCCCUGCCACAUGUAAGGCAUAAAAUCCUCAAUCUCACCAGUAUGGCUACCAACAUUAUAGGUACAUCUGAAAAUAAAUGGAUUGAUGCAACUUCUGGAGAACAUGUUUCAAAUGUUUCCACCAUAUCAACAAAAAGAGAUUUCUCCAGCAGCCUUCGAAGUUCUGAUACAGAAACAAAAUUGAUAAAUGGAACACAAGGAGAUUUUGGCUCUAAUGAACAAAGAGCAUCUGAACCUAUUUCUUUGAAAAACUUAAAAAGACGGUCACAAUUUUUUGAACAAGGAGGCCCAGAGCCUGCAAUGCCUGAUCUCCCAGUCCCAUCCAUUAGUGCUCCUAGUCGUCGGGUUUGGGAUCAAGAGGAAGAGCGAAAACGACAGGAAAAAUGGCAAAAAGAGCAGGACCGUUUACUGCAGGAGAAAUACCAACGUGAACAAGAAAAACUGAGGGAAGAAUGGCUACGAGCUAAGCAAGAAGCAGAAAAAGAGAGCUCCAAGUAUCUUGAUGAGGAGCAGACUGUUCUAACUUUAAAUACGACAUCUGUCACUUCUCGUGCUCCAUCUGUGUCCAGCUGGAGAGCAAGCCCUGAAGCAAAUAUUCCUGAGGAGCCAGAAGGAGAUGGAGGAAGAGAGCUGGCAGUGAGCUUGCUGCGUGAGGAAGAAGGAAGGAGGAGGCUUCAGGAGGAACGGAGGAUCCAGGAGGAAGCAACCCUGCGUUUUGAGCAAGAAAGAGAACUCCAAGAGUUGGAGCUUGAGAGACAACGUAAAGAGAGGGAGCAGCAAUAUGCUGAGGAACAGAGGCGGCGGGCAGAGAUGGAGGAACAGAAGCGGCAGGCUGAAAGGCAAAGGGAGGUGUCAGUGGAGAUGCCUCAGUACCAAAGACAUUAUGAGCGCUAUGAAGUAUCUAAAACAAUAGAGGAUCGAGCUGGCCAUCCUCUCAUUGACAGGCAUUAUGAGCGUUAUGAAGUUUCUAAAACCAUUGAGGAGCAACCUGACCAGUCAUUUGCUGACAGGAAUAAGUCCAAGUCAACUUCAGAACUGAAUGAAUUCAACACAAUCAGAAAUGGUACCCAGAGCAGGUUUUCGGAGAGAUCCUGGAACAUGGGUGAGUCACAGAAGAAGUCUCAGAAGGAACAAAACCUCUCUGCAGCGGAGUUGGAGAGACAGCAAAUCCUUCAGGAAAUGAGAAAGAAAACAUCUCUACACACAGACAGCAGCUGGAUAAGGCAGCGCAGUUCCAGUGUACAUAAGGAGCCCAUUAGUCUGUACAGCAAUAGUAUGAGGAGGGGGGAGUCUUUGGACAAUCUUGAUUCUUCGAGAACAAGCUCGUGGAGGCACCACUCAUGGCUAAACCAGUCUGCCUCCUCUUCAUCUCUAUCUUCUAGUCAAGAUUUUAGUCGCCCGGUGUCCACCUCAAACCGAGCCUACAUGUGCACUCCUUCCUCCAGCAAAGCCCCUCCUGUGGCCACCUCGGCGAGAGCCCCAUCCGUGUCUCAGACAGCCCCUCGGGCUCAGUCUCCUCUCUCUGCUUCCCAGCCAGGGUCCCAGACACGCAGCAGGUCAGUCAGUGGGAAGAAAAUCUGUUCAUACUGUAAUAACGUUCUGGGCAAAGGAGCAGCCAUGAUCAUUGAGUCUCUUGGUCUUUGUUAUCAUUUACAUUGCUUUAAGUGUGUUGCCUGUGGAUGUGACCUCGGUGGAUCCCGCUCUGGAGCUGAAGUUAGGAUCCGAAACAACAAACUCUUCUGCAACGACUGCUAUAUCAGAUUUAAAACUGGACAACCAACCUCCAUGUGAAGCAAAUGAAGAUAUGAAACCACUGUUGCAAAUAAAAGAAGAGGUGAUUGCUGCUGAUGUAGAUCUAUAAAUAUAUAUAUUGUGUAUGUGUGUUUUUUCUAAGAGUAACUCUUGCUUGUCUAGUCUUCAUAGCAAUACAUUGUAUUCUUCAUAUAACUAUUUUUAUUUAUAAGAAAGUAAUUGCAGUAAGGAAAUAUCUGGGAAAAAUACUUUCACAUUUUCAGCUUCAAGUACUGAGAGCAAAAGAGAGAAUAACUAUAUUUUCAGUAAUAAGUUCAAAAUAUUUUUGAGGCUUAUAAUCAACUAGUUGACUUUCCAAUGGUAUAUGAAGAGGAUAUUUUGUUUCUAAGCUCUUGAAAUGAGCAUUAGAGAAAUAGCUAAUAUAAAUACAUUUUUGCAAUUGCUGUCUUUAUUUUUUGACAUAUACUGAAAGUGAAUUCUCUAGGUUAAUAUGAAGCUGCGUUUAAAUGCACAUGAGUGUGUUUGCUUUCCAUAUGCUGGUUUAUAAAAUUAUGUGCUUUUUUGAAACUUAAAUAGAAAGAAUAACCUGUUUGCUCAGUGGUGUUGGCAUAAUAUUCUGUGGAAUCCAUUUAAGGGGGAGAGUUUUCUUUUCCCAUUUGGAAAAUGUAACUAUCACUUUUUCCUCCACAAACUGAGUGGAGAAUGGUUGUUGAAUAACAGUCUAUUUGUAAAUAAAAAUUCUGAUGUUGCAUUUA